AUGUGCGAUAUUAUGGAUACCAGGUGCCGUCUUUGUGCAGAGUGUUCCUCAAGUCAAAUAUCUAUUUUACAAGAUAAUGUAUUUUGUUCAAAAAUAUUCCAGUUAUUUCAAAUUAAAGUUUGCGUGGGUGAUAAUUUGCCGAGUUGCGUGUGCCAUGAAUGUUACGAAAUGGUCGAGAAAACUUGGAGUUUUAACGACAGAAUUCAAAAAGCUCAAGAUGUUCUAGCCGAAUUGGUAAAUAACUCGAUUCAAGAAAUGUUACCAGUAACUUCAGAAUUGGAAGUCUCUGUAGCAACCAUUCACACGGACACUGGAACCAUGGUGGAUUUAGAUUAUAUUCAGGACAAUAAAGACGCUAAGUGUGAUUUUUUAACAGAAGAAACUUUAGAAAUAUUUUCUGAAAAUACUAAUAAAUCUAUUCAUGAUAAUAAGGUGAAAAAUUCAUCUGGAUGGAGAAAAAGGAAAAUUAGGUACACUAGAAAUGAUGAUCGUAAGGUGUCAAGAAAAAAAUCCAACUUUUCCGAAAAUCCUCAUUUAGAAAAUUUAGAAUUCGAAGUUAAACUUGAUGGUACAAUGAUACCGAAAGAUGACAACCAGGGAUGGAAUAUGUAUCCAUUUACCUGCGCUGACUGCCAUAAUCUCUUUCAAAAUCCAGAUGAUAUUAGACUGCAUUAUAUAAAUGCUCAUAAUGCUCCACCUAGAUAUUUGUGUGCCGAUUGUCCUAAGUCUUAUACAAAAUAUAGUGUUUUCCUGGCACAUGUUCGAGUGCAUAGAUCUCGGUUAAGACUAUGUUGUGAUAUGUGCUACAAGUGGUUUCCUACAGCUUCUGAACAAGAACAACAUCGGUUACUACACGGUGAAACCAGACCAUAUAUUUGUACAACGUGUGGCAAAAAAUUUCGGAUGCAGUCUUCACUCAUUGUUCAUUCCCGAUCUCAUCUUCCAACUGAAAUAAAAAACCAGUACCAAUGUGAUCAGUGUCCGAAAAAAUUCGGUACCAAACCUAAUCUAAUGGCCCACAAGCGGAUACAUACAGGAGUCAGAGAUUACACCUGUGACCAAUGUGGCAAAAGUUUUAUACAAAAAGGUAAUUUAGACAACCAUUUGUUGACCCACACGGCCGUCCGACCGUACAACUGCAACAUUUGCGGGAAAUCGUUUAAAACGAUAGUGCGCCUGCGCAAACACAGUUCCGUUCAUUCCGGCUUGAAACCGCACAGAUGCGACAUAUGCGGUAGGCAGUUCAGAGAACGGGGAACGCUGAAAGAACACCAUCGGAUACACACGGGAGCUAUGCCGUUCACUUGCGAAUUUUGCGGCAAGUGUUUCCGGUUUAAGGGGGUGCUGACCACGCAUAGGAGGCAACACACAGGCGAACGACCAUAUUCCUGCAACGAAUGCCAGCACCACUUUACGAAUUGGCCAAAUUACAACAAACACAUGAAAAGAAGGCAUGGCAUUAACACGAGCGUUACUUGCAGAACUCGACAAGACAUUCCUCCUACUGGUAUGCCUCACAGGAAUCCCCCCGGUACCGUUUUGGCUCCUCCGCAGCCAGUAAUGGUUCCGGAUAAUUAUACAGAACCGCCGCCUACUUUUUACCCAGUUCUAAACUUGUAUACCAUUCCUGAAGAACUUUUGCAACAGAGAGUUUAA